UUAUGGUUUAUUCCGAUUUUCUGCCUUUUAAUACUGUGGAACAUAAUGCCACUAGAAGAAAAUGAAAAUUUUAUAAUAUAUAAAAAGGAAAGUGAAAAACGUUUUUAUGUGCAAAAUUCAAAAUGUGAAAUACCAUACGUAGAGCUCUUCAGUGCAGACUUCAUGAAAACCUACAAGCCAAGAAAUUUUACGCGCUGCUCCAAUCAAAGUGAUCUCAUUACAGUGCAUUUUGAUAAAGUUUUCAAUCAAUAUACACUUCAUGUUAAUGAGGAAGUGCUCCACAAACUGUCGCAGUCGAAAAGUAAUGACUUUUCCUGCUUUUACCAGAAAAUUAUUUACGGCCAAUCAGCGGAUCGCUACGAUAAGAAAGGAAACAGAACGAAGUUUACUCAAGACUUUUUGGUACCUUUGGAUGUCGAAGGGAUGUUGGUGGACUGCAGGACAGCGGACGAAAGGAGACUUCUGCAAAAGGAUGCUUUUGUGUUUGUACAGGACAAAAAGAUUCCCCACAGCGCUCAGAAAGAUCGGAAAGCCAGUGUUAUUAUGUACGGCAUAGAUACUGUUUCACGAACUAAUCUACGCCGGAUGAUGCCCAUGAUCUAUGAGUUCCUGAAGUCCCCAGGAUGGUUCGAAAUGAUGGGCUAUAAUAAGGUGGCCGAUAACACCUUCCCUAACAUAUUCGCUAUGCUAACUGGCUUUUCACCAGAGACGGCAGAGGCUCGAGUUUGCAAUACAAGUAAAACAGGAUGCUUAGAUGAAAUACCCUUCAUAUGGAAGGACUUUAAGAAAGAUGGCUAUUUGACAGCCUAUGCUGAGGAUUCGCUGAGUAUAAAUACAUUUAACUAUUUGAAGCCAGGAUUUUACUACAGGCCCACAGAUUACUACUUUCGCCCCUUUCUUAAUGCUCUGGAGAAGGAAACGAUGAUCCAAUAUUGCCCAAGUUGUAAAAUGAAAUACUGCCUGGGUCGUCGCUUGGCCAAUAGCUACAUUUACGAUUACUGCCGUCAGUUUAUGCAACGAUUUGUGGCCGAUCGCCCAAUCUGGGGAAUGUUUUGGACGAAUCACUUCAGCCACGACGACGUCUUCAUGCUGUCCGCAAUGCAGCAUAAGAUCUUAAAUGAUCUCCUGAAUUUUGAGAAAGAUGGAGCCUUCGAGCAUACGAUAAUGAUCUUCUUCUCGGAUCACGGAGCCAGGUUUGGUCCAAUGAUGCACAUGAAGGAAUCUUUCCUGGAGGAGCGUUUACCCAUGAUGUUCAUUUACCUGCCUCCAUGGUUCCGGGAAAAGUAUCCCCAAUAUGCGGAAGCUCUUUCCCAAAAUCAGAAUCGUCUAAGUUCAAACUUUGACGUCUACAACACCUUGAAGCACAUCUUAAAUAUUGAAGAACUAAAAGAGGAUACCAAAUGGUCCCACGACUGCCCCCAGUGUCAGUCGUUAUUUUAUUCGCUGCCCGAUAAACGCGGCUGCUCGGAGGCUGCCAUACCGGAGGCUUACUGUACGUGCCACAACUACGAGGAAGUUAAGGCGGACCCAUGGACCUGGCAGAUGGCCGAUCUGGUGGUUGGUCGCAUCAAUCAGUACCUCCAGAGGAAGAACCUACAGAAUCUUUGUAGCAAUCUCACUCUGAGGGUGGUCAACAUCACCGAAGAAAGAAUGCUUGAGCUGGAUGGAGACGUAAGCCCUAUAAAGGGAAUGCGACAUUAUCACACCAAAUUCCAGGUUAAUCAGAAUAGAGCUGAGUUCUUUGCCACCACAUCCUACGAUAGAGAAACGGAAGAUCUGGAGAUCAAUGUGGAACAGAUUAGUCGUACUAAUUGGUAUGGUUCCGAUGCUGAAUGCGUUAAUAAUAAGAUACAUAAACUAUUUUGUGUAUGUUUAUCAAAGUUAUGGAUAACAGUUUGA